UUCCUUCCUUCCUUCUUUCCUUCCUUCCUUCCUUCGACUUUUACUGAGCAUUCUCCAUGUGCUGUUUCCUUAAGUUAUUUAUUUUGCACAGAAGAAAGGAAUUGUCAUAGGAUGAUACUUAUUCUCCUGAGGGGAAAAUCUAGAGAAGAGGGGACAUUUAAGUUGAGCUUUGGAGCUUGUGUGCAGAGAUAUGGAAGCAUAAACAAAAAUGCUAUAUUCAUAGUAUAGUAAACAGUUUGCUAGGACAGCUGCUGGCGUCUUUUUACAAGUUCAGGGAAUCUUUGUGCGUAUUAAAGAGUAGAUGCCUCUGUUGAGUGGACAUAGUCUGGAGGGCACAAGUUUCUGGCCCCUUGGGCUGGGUACACUGAGCAGUGCACAACCUGCAUGACCAUAUGUGAGAAUCCCAGAUGAAUUACCAGUCUGUGGGGCAGAGGAUCAGCACUGGGCAUGAGUAUAAAUAUGAGUGGUUUUAGGCAAGGGGAUGCCUUGAUUAGUUAUUUUAGAAAAAGUUCUCUGGUGGCUGCCCACUAGGAAGGGAAGGAAGGAAGUAGGGAGGUUGAAGGUACUUAGUAGGCUUGAGACAGUGAUGAGGAACGGGGCCAUGAUGAUAGCAAGGAGAAGAGAGAAAAGGGAACAGAUCUGAGUGACACUGACAAGUCCCAGAGGUAGAUUCAAAGUGAUCUAUUGUGCGCACUGAACGAGAUGAACAAGUCAGCGAUUCUGAGGAAGCCUGGCGGGUAGUGCUGCAGUUUCUAGAGAAUGCUGUUCUGGAGAAUAAUGUGGGGCAUGUGCUUUUGGGUUUGUUUGCAGGAGUUCCAGGUAGAACUGUCUGGAAGGCAGCUCAGGACAGGGAUCAGGAGUCUUCAGCCUAGAAAUAAGAAUGAAACUCUUGCAAGUGAUUAAAGAUCGUUCUAGAGAAGAAUGUGAGGAGCAGAUAUAUUCUGCACAUACUGAGCUCUCCACUGCAGUGAGGCCUGAGUACUGCCUUGGCACAGGAUGGCUAGAGAAUCGAGGGAAAGCGCAUCCCUGGAUGCCCACGCUGCGGAGGACCAGAUGGAGCUUCUUGUCAUAAAAGUGGAGGAGGAAGAAGCCUCUGUCUUUGCAGAGGAGGCCAGCUUGCCCACCAGCUCUGCUCCGGGCUCUGAACGCUCCCGCCAGCGCUUUCGUGGUUUCCGCUACCCAGAGGCCGUGGGUCCCCGCGAGGCACUGAGCCGGCUCCGGGAGCUCUGCCGACAGUGGCUGCGGCCCGACCUGCACAGCAAGGAGCAGAUCCUGGAGCUGCUGGUGCUGGAGCAGUUCCUGACCAUCCUGCCCGGGGACCUGCAGCGCUGGGUGCGCAAGCAGCGCCCAGAGAGCGGGGAGGAGGUCGUGGCGCUGUUGGAGUAUUUGGAGAGGCAGCUGGAGGAGCCGCCGCCGCAGGUCCCACCUGACAGCCAGGGGCAAGAACUGCUAGGCUACAAGAUGUCACUGUUGACACCAGCUCAGGGGUCACAGAGUAGCCAGUUCCAACCAGUGAAGGCUUUAUUGAAGCACAGACCUCUGGGAUCCCAGCCUUUGCAAGACAGAGUUCUCCAGGUUCCUUGGCUUACCCAGGAAGGGAGCUGCAGAGAAGACACAGUGGUAGCCGCCAGGCUCACUCCAGAGUCCCAGGGGUUGCUGAAAAUGGACAGUGUGGCCCUGUCCCUCACUCCUGAGUGGACACAGCCGGAUUCAUCUCAGAUGAACCUCUACAGGGAUGAAAGGCUGGAGAACUAUAGCAGCCUCAUCUCCUUAGGUGCUGACGAACAGACCAAGGUCAGGGACUUGCCUCCAGCCGAGCCACAUCCAGAACAGGAGCCCGGCCAGACACCAGGGCACCUGGGUGGUGACACUGCCCGGAUUACCACAGGUGCACAAGCUGGUGAGCUGGAGGGCAGGCUGCAGAGAAAGCCGAGAAAUGCCUCAGGGAGGAGGCAGCACAUUUGCCUUGAAUGUGGGAAGAGUUUUGCUCAGAGUUCAGGCCUUAGUAAACACAGGAGAAUCCACACUGGAGAGAAACCCUACGAAUGCGAAGAGUGUGGCAAAGCCUUCAUUGGGAGUUCUGCCCUCAUUAUUCACCAGAGAGUCCACACUGGGGAGAAGCCAUAUGAGUGUGAGGAAUGCGGCAAGGCCUUUAGUCACAGCUCAGACCUUAUCAAGCACCAGAGAACCCACACUGGGGAGAAGCCCUACGAGUGUGAGGACUGUGGGAAAACCUUCAGCCAAAGCUGCAGCCUUCUUGAACAUCACAGAAUCCACACAGGGGAGAAGCCAUACCAGUGCAACCUGUGCGGCAAAGCCUUUAGGCGGAGUUCCCAUCUCCUGAGACAUCAGAGGAUCCAUGGUGAUAAAAACGCUCCGGAACCUGGGCAUGGGGAGGCCUGGGAAUGCCAGAGUCGGGUGGAAGGCCAGUGGGAAAAUGUUGAAACUCCUGUGUCUUACAAAUGCAGUGAGUGUGAAAGAAGUUUUACUCAGAAUAUAGGCCUCCUUGAACAUCAAAAAAUCCACACUGGUGAGAAGCCCUAUCAGUGUGACACGUGUGGAAAAGGCUUCACCCGAACCUCAUACCUUGUUCAGCAUCGGCGAAGCCAUGUAGGGAAGAGAAUUUCAUCACACUGAUCCAUGCUGUGCGUGACACAGUAGGUGCUCAUUCCUCAUGGAGCUGAGGCCACCCUGGGGCCCAGUCCAUCCUGACUACAAAGUGUGGCCUGGGGCUUUAUUUACCACCACAUAUCACUACGUGUUAGAAAAUAUGAAGUCUGACUGACAGAAAUUGUUUUCUAGUUUCUGGAACAUGAUUAGACAAAAGCUUACUUGAUGGGAGGCUAGGGGAGAGUUGUCUGGAAGAGGUGGGACCUGCUUUGUUUCCCAGCCACUGGGAUUAAAUGGACUCAGAUUGACUACUUCCUCUCAGCCAGCACUUUAUGAUGUCUACUGGGUGGUGGGUAUGAUGGAGGCUGCCUUGUGACUGUUGACUAGAAUUAGUCAUCCACGGUGGGUCAGAUUCAUGGAGUCUUAUAUCCCUCUUUGUGCCUUGCAAACAGGUGCUAAUUAAAUAUGUAAUAAAUGUGCCAGUGAGAGUACCUACCUAGCUCGGGAGGUUUUACAUUAUUUAGAUUUCUUUGGAAUUUAUCACCAAAGAAAACUUGUAUCUAAUUUCUGGGAUUCUACCGUUUUGAGUCAAUUUUGUGCAUUUUUUUGCCAGUACAUGGGAUUGGCAGAGUAGAGGCACAGGUGGGGUUACUGUGAUAGGAAGGAUCCAUGUUUCUCUACAAUACCUGUAUUUAUUUCUUAGUCUUUAAAUCAUUGUGAAUGUGUGUCAUCCAUCGAAUUCCAUUUUUUAGUUAAUUUUUCCUUGAUGUUAAUUUUGGUACUUUUUAGGGAAAAAUUUUCCUAUUCAUGCAGUUAUCAAGAUGAAAUCGGUUAUCCAGUCAGAAUAAAAUCAUCAAUUUUCUAAUGCUUAGCCUCUUGGUACUUGGCCUUUUAGUUCUCUUUGGCCUAACCAAGUGCCCUCAGUGCUGUAGACAUUAUCCUGCCCCCUCCAACAUACUGUGUAAAUUGCAUCAAAGCUCAUCCCUGCUAAAUUCACACUUCCUCCAGGUCAGUGGAGUCACAUCAGAUAUUUAAAGUAAGAAAUCAUGGUUUCAGAACCCUACUAUUAGUGUCUGAUAGUUUUAGUCUUAUUAUAGAUUGAUUCCCAAAUCACCUGGGUAGUAACAUCACAGUCAUUUCUGAUGAGAACUUUAACCAUUAAGCUAACUCCUCAGGCUGUCUGCCUUCCAUUAAACGUACUUUCUGGACCAUCCAUUUUUCUUCUUCAUAGGAGUCAAAAUUUCAGCGUUGUGAAUUCAAAUGAGAAAAUGUUUUUUAAUCACAUUACACAAGUAGUACUUAUGUUUCAAAUGAAAUUGUUUCUACAAGAGUAUUUUGGAGUGACUACUUUCUUACAAACUUUUGUUAGCGUUAUCAGUUCUUACUAAAGAAAUAUUCUUUCAUUAGUACAUCAGUUCUCAUUGCUCACCUGGCUUCUGGCCACUGCAGUCUCUUCCAUAUUUAUAGUAUCUGUCUAAGAUUCUGAUUUGGAUAUAGCAGAUUUUCAGUCAUUUUCCACAACUAAUGGUUAGGCAACAUGAUAUAUUAUUUCCUGCUGUACUCAUUUUUACUUUAUUUAUUAGGAAUUGAACUGUCAUCCAAAAUCCUUUGUAGAUCUACCCAAGUCCCUUUUUUUUUUUUUUUUUUUUUUGCCAGUUUCCAAGGCCUGGUACUUCCAGGAUUUCAGAGAUCUAAUGUAAAUUGUUUUUAUUACAGUAAUAAAUCAUAUUGUUAUUUUAA